GGAAUCACAUGAGUUCAGGGAAAUAGAAACUGAAGUGUAGUUGAGCUGUUGUGUGUUUGUGUCUCUGUAUUCAAGCAGUAAAAUGGCAGGAGCCAGAAUUUCGGUGGAUCAGAAUGAGUUCACAUGUCCUGUGUGUCUGGAUCUCCUGAAGGAUCCAGUGACCAUCCAGUGUGGACACAGUUACUGUAAGACCUGUAUUACAGACUCCUGGGAUCAGGAGGAUCAAAUGAGAGUCUACAGCUGCCCUCAGUGCAGACAGACCUUCAGUCCAAGACCUGCUUUAGCUAGAAACCCCAUGCUGGCUGAAGUGGUGGAGAAACUGAAGAAGAAACUGAAAAAGAGGAAACGUACUGCUGACUGUGACGCUGGAGCUGGAGAUGUGCAGUGUGGCGUCUGUACUGGAAUAAAAUACAAAGCCGUCAAGUCCUGUCUGAUGUGUCUGAACUCUUACUGUCAGAAUCACCUUAAACAACAUGAGAAUUUGUUUAAAGGAAAGAGUCACAGUCUGACUGAAGCCACUGGACGACUGCAGGAGAUGAUCUGCCAGAAACAUGAGAAGCUCCUUGAGGUUUUCUGUCGCACUGAUCAGAAAUGUAUAUGUAUGCUGUGUAUGAUGGAUGAACAUAAAAACCAUGACACCGUAUCAGCUGCAGAACUGACGACAGAGAAACAGGAGCAGCUGAAGGAGACGCAGAAGACGCUCCAGCAGAGAAUCCAGCAGAGAGAAAAAGAUCUUCAGCAGCUGAGAGAGACUGUGGAGUCUCAUAAGUGCUCUGCACAGACAGCAGUGGAGGACAGUGAGAGGAUCUUUACUGAGCUCAUCCGCUCCAUUAAGAGACGCCGCUCUGAACUGAUACGACUGAUCAGAGAUCAGGAAAAGAGAUGCAGUGAGUCGAGCUGAA